AUGACAGCAAGUGAAGCAAUUGAAUCCUUGGAAUUAAUCAAAAGAUUAUGGCUGAGUAAUGACAGUGAAAUGGUAAGCCAGAGAGCACCAGCAUGCACACUGAGGAACCCUGACAGCAACAGAAAAGCUUUGGAAUCCUUUAAAUGUAUACACUGUUCAUAUAUGUUCCUGAAUAUUGAGGCCAAAUGGUUGAUGAGAAGAGCUGCAUGCAAUAGGAGGAACCAAGCCGACGCCAUGAAAAAGCAAGACAUUUACCAGUGUCGUCAUUGUACCUACUCCACAACACUACGCACAAAUUAUGAAAAGCACUUUCGUACCCAUGCUGGAGAAAAGAUGUGGCUGGAUAAUGACAUUCAAAGCGCUGAUGAAGGAAGAGUGGUCGGCAGAAAAGCAACUUUAGUCACCUCAAGAAAUUGUCCUGAAACAUACUAUUGCCCUCACUGUACAUACAACAGUGUAGAUCACUCGGAGUACCUUGAUCACUUCCGAACUCACAUGGGAGGAAAGACCUAUUCAUGUCCACAGUGCUCCUAUCAGACUCUUGUCAGCUCAAACUUUAAGAGGCACAUACGAAUUCACACUGGAGAGAAGCCUUAUUUUUGCCCAUAUUGCCCUUACAGAUCAAAUGAAAAGGCUAAAGUGAAAAGACACUUACUGAGUCACAACAAGUAGGGUUAAAGCCAUGUGGUAUUAGCUAAGAUAUAGAAAAUAAAGUACAAAUAAUGACAAUAAUAGUGUUAACCAGAUAAAAGUUAAUUGUAUGAAUAUUUCAUAAAUUACUUAGAGAAAUGCAUUUUCAAAUUGAAUAUUAAUACAAUCUAAAGCAAGUUUUGUUGCUUUUAACUGCAGAUAUAUUAUCUAUGCAAAUGAUUAUCCAAGAAAGUUUAAUGAAUAUUUCUUACCUAUGAUUACUCAUACACAUGCAUAUAUGCACACAUACAUACAUAUGUAUUUGCAUAUGGCAAUCAUCAUAUACACAUGUAAACAGACACAGAGUACAUUGUUAGACAAUUCUUGUGAAUUAUUAUGUUCACUGAAUGGCUGUAGAAUAUAAGAUUGUAACUGUUUUACACAUCAGUUUACAAGAUCUGUGAAAAGUCAUUUCUACAUUUAAACUAUUUCCAGUCUGUUUCUUAUUUAUGUGCCAAGUACAUGAAAUAUACAUUGCAUAUGAAUA